AUGUCUUUACAAGCGUACUGUUUCUACAGGGUAUCAGUCGUAAUGGUUAAAUUUGUCUAUGAGAGAGAGCUAUAUGGUAUUCAGAGACUUCGAACUGUAAUAUCUGUCUACAACAGUAUUGCCAGCCAGUUCUGCUACAAUAGCUUGGAGUGCUAUUCAGUUGUCAACUUUCCCAACGUACAUCUGUUCUCUGAUUUCUAUACUCUCAAAUUUGUUACGGUACACGGGAAGCUACCCAUGUCCGCCAGUAUACGUCCAGAGUUGACAACAUGA